UCUGACUCGACUUUGUGAUCACUCUCAAUCGCAAACUCUCAGAGGAUUUGCUCGGGACACUAUAUCAUCAGAAACCAUGGAGAAUAUCAUCUCUCAUUGUGGAUUAACUGGCGCAAUCACCGGAGGAAACUCUGUUCAACAGCCCGCUAAUUUGUGGAGACCUUGGGAUGCCAAAGCAGGCAGGGAAUGCAGGGCCGCGACACACAUGCCUUACACAAAGACAAUUGGAGGAUUUCCAGACAUCAAACACUGCAAGAGUCCUCAGAUCACUCACCCAGUAAAGUUGUUCUGGCCCAAAUCGAGAUGCUUCGAUUAUCUGUACCAGGAUGCAGAUAUGCUUCUGCGCAACUACCCAGUCCAAGCAACCAUCUGCCUCUACGAAGACUCGAGCAGUGAUGAUGAUGAGGACGAUAGUGAUGAUGACGAUGAAGAAGACAGCGUGAAGGAGCUGAAUUUUUAAAAAGCCCUUUCUCUCCAAUUGAAAAAACACUGAAUGUAUAUUUUAAUAUGAAAUUAUAAUAUAUCGGUGCAUAAUUUAUUUUUUGUAAAUAUCUGUA